AACCUCAUGCACGCGAUUGAAAUUCUCAAGCGUGAUUGGUCGUAUUAUUGGCUACAUCGAGUCUUCACCGAUUGAUAUACGGUUCGGCAAGAAUUGUCAAAAGUUUUAAACUAUAAACGUUGUCUUGUAAUUUGUUUAUAUUUUGGGUUUUCGAAAAAUAUUGUAUGAGACUAACGUAAAAUGGCCACAGAGAAAGAUUUGAUAAAUGCUGUACGAGAAUCGCUAAAGGCCGAUGGAAAUCUUGAUCGGAUAAAAGCGGAAAUGCGUACAGAAGUAAUAAAACUGCUUGAUUGUUCUAGCAAGGAGAACAAAUCAAAUAUUGUUAAACCUUCACACGAUAUUGUUUUUCUCAAUGAACUCGUCCGAGAAUAUUUGGAUUGGAUGGGUUACAAGUAUAGCUCUACUGUAUUUAUUGCAGAAUGUGAUCUUCCCAAACAUUGUUUGGAUCGUAAACUUCUUGUGCAAGGCUUAGGAGUGAAAGAUGGUGAAAAGAGUAAAAAUUUACCACUGUUAUGUGGUCUCAUACAAACAUUCACCAAUUUAAAAAAUACCUAAUUAUAACAUCUGUACGAGCAUGUA